AUGGAAUUCCUCCCAAUCGCUACCUACAUAGUGAAAGGACCAAUUACAUGUCUAAUUGUUGUCUUUGGUGUUUCGCUGAAUUUCAUGACGCUCUAUACGCUAUUCAAAUCGUCGAAAGGACGUCAGCGAAAUGCGUCGAGGGCACGAACCGAUGAUCUGACACCGUUAAAAAUACGAUCACGACCCACGAUUCAUAUGUACUUCUUCUGGAUUGCCUGCACAGAUUCUGGCUUACUAGUGAGCGCUUUACUGAUGUAUUCGCUGCCGGCAAUGUUGGACAGCACUUAUGAGUGCUAUGUACGGUUAUUCCCACUUUAUUACAUGCUCAGCAAUAUGACGUUGACUGCUAGCGUAUGGUUGAUGUGCGCGAUGAUGUUCGACCGAUAUCGAGCACUGUGUCGACCGCUGCAUGAAACUGUAUGGCUGAGAACAAGUCCAAAUCGUCGUGUGCACUUGACUUGUUUGAUUGUUGUGCUAAUGGCACUUUUGUACUCAUCUCCC